UAAAGUCGUUAUCCCAGCAGCCUCGUUCCGAACAUUAAAGAGGACAAUAGAAGCAAAACUUGAGGUCUUGGAAGGAAAUCUGGAACCACCAGAUCCAUCGGCGGAUACCACACAUCCUUGAUAGUUGGACAGCCAAGCUAUGGAGAAGAAGUCGCCGAAAGGGCGGAAGAGAUCCAUGAAAAGCGUCCCAAGUACGUCGGCCGGUCCCUCAACGGAUGACGGAUUCUGGGAUUGUUCCGUGUGCACAUUCAAGAAUAACCCCGAGGCCUUCAAGUGCUCCAUGUGUGACGUCAGGAAGGGCACCUCCACCCGGAAACCUCGCAUAAAUCCUGAUUUGGUAGCGGCUCAACACGCUCAAGCUCUGACACCUCCUCCCCCGCUGAGUACCACGCCCACACCCUCGGGCUCGGCGUACGACUUCAAAGACGACGACGAAGACGAAGAUGAACCCGAUGAAGUGGAAGAUUCGCCGCCCUUACCCACCAAGGUCUUGAAAAAGACACCCAAAGAAAAGGUUCCCAAAGUCAAAGCUCCUGGAGCAGAAAAAACGCCCAAAGAAAAGAAACCCACACAAAGCAAGGCCCGAUUGAAGAACGUGGAUCGGAGUUCUGCAACUUAUCAUAGUGUAACAGUGAAUGACAUGACCGUGGUGAUAACAGAAUUUAAGCCUAAAGUGAAGAAGGAGAAAAAGGAGAAGAAAGAGACACCGGGGAAAGGGGGGGGUGAAGCGGCCGGUGGGCCUCCCGGACCGAGUAACGGGAUCUCGGUCUCGAAUGACGAUGCCAAUAAUGGUGCGUCUAAAAGUGCCGGUGGUGUGAUGAAACCUAAGAAGGAAGAGAGCAGCGAUGGCGAAUCCGCCACAUCCAGUCAUUCCAAUCAAGAGACUCUGGUGCGAAAUGCCAGCGAGAGUUCCUUGAAUGGAAGCUCACGCAAUGCUUAGAGUCUGCCAUCACUCGCUCAUAGUAUUAUUCCAUCAAACAAUGUCGACGUUGAAUCUCAAGUUUAUUGGGACGAUAUAUCAAUUUGUUCUCAAGUAUAUCACAGAUGUGUUGAUAAAUCCUAAUUCAUUAUUCCCACUCGCGAAAAAAAAUGUGGAUCUAUUGCCAAAUUUCCCUAGCAAAAUAAAUUCUAUACUCGGC